AUUAGCCCGUCGCCGUCAUCUACUGGCAAAAAGCAUCGCUUGUCUUCAUCCUCCAUGCGCGUUUCCGUCCCGUAUGAGCGCGACCGCGCGAAGGUCUCAUUGUCCGCGCGCCUGGCACGGCGCCGCGCACUCCCGCCCGUGUGUGUGUGUAGUAAUCCAAAGCAGUAGAGCUCUCGGAUAGACAUGGCGGCGGAUCUUAAGCCGGAGUGGCUCUCCUGCCUUCCUUCUUCUUGGGGUUAUGGGGUGACUCGGGAUGGACGCAUAUUCUUCAUCAACGAAGAAGCAAAGAGUACAACCUGGUUGCAUCCCGUUACUGGAGACGCUGUAAUCACGGGGCACAGAAAAACUCCAGAUUUACCAACAGGAUGGGAGGAAGGAUACACAUUUGAAGGAGCUCGCUGCUUCAUCAAUCACAAUGAGCGAAAGGUGACCUGUAAACACCCCAUUUCAGGUGUCCCCUCCCAAGACAACUGCAUCUUUGUUGUAAAUGAACAACCAGCUCCGAAGGCUUUGUCAGAGCAGGGCAGCACCAGUGACAAGAAGGAACGUCCCAUGAGCACCAUGAGCGAGGCUUCAAACUACACAGGUGGCUCCGACUACAGCACCUUUACUCCCAGCCCUGCCACCACUGUUACUAUGGCCGCCGCCACCUCCACCUCAUCCACACGGCCUUCUAGGUCUUCCAAAAAGGUUCACAACUUUGGCAAGAGGUCCAACUCCAUCAAGAGGAACCUUAAUGCCCCAGUGAUCAAGAGCAACUGGCUUUACAAACAGGACAGCACUGGCAUGAAGCUGUGGAAGAAGAGGUGGUUCGUUCUGUCAGACAUGUGCCUCUUCUACUACCGUGAUGAGAAAGAGGACAGCAUCCUGGGAAGUAUCCUGCUGCCCAGCUUUCACAUCUCCAUGUUGUCAGUGGAUGACCACAUCAGCAGAAAAUAUGCCUUUAAGGCCACUCACCCCAACAUGCGGACAUAUUAUUUCUGCACUGACACAGCCAAAGAGAUGGAGUCCUGGAUGAAAGUCAUGACAGACGCUGCCCUCGUCCACACUGAACCAGUCAGAAGACUGGAUAAGUUGAAAGUAGAUCAGCGGACGACUCAGGAGUUGAACAAUUUACUGAACCACAGAGUCCUAACCAAGCCCGAGAUCCAGAACAACGAACGCAACCGUGAGCCUGUACGACAUCACUCCCUAUCUCGAGUCGAUGACAAACGGCAAAAAGAUCUUGAGAAACACAAUGGCCAGAGGGAGCGGGAGUAUUACACACUGCAGAGAGAUGGGGAGCGGUACUCUUUGAAGAAAGAUGGGGUGAGCUACAUGCUUCAGAAGGAUGGAGAGAGGUAUCUCCUUCAUAAGGAUGGAGAGAAGUACCUGCUGCGAAAAGAUGGAGACAAAUAUUCACUGCAGAAAGAUGGAGAAGUAUAUGCCAUUCACAGGGAUCUGGAACAGUACGCCACUCAGAAAGUGGAUGAAAAGUAUGCAGUGACGCCAACAGAGGAGAAAUACGCGCCAUCUAAAGAUGGAGAGAAGUAUUUGCUUACUAAGGAUGGAGAAAAAUACGCAUUGCAGAAAGUUGGUGACCGGCACACACUCCAAAAAGAUGGACAGAAACAUGUUUCUCAAAAGGAAGUGAAGAGACAGCUGUCAUUAAAAGAGACAGACAGGUACAGCACAGUAAGGGACACGGAGAAUAAAUAUGGUACCAUACAGGUUGUGGACAAAUAUGGUGCUCUCAAAGAAGUGAAAAAAUACAGUACGCUACGAGAAGGGGAUAAAUAUGUUUCGCUCAGAGAUGCAGAGAAGUAUGCUACAGUUCGUGAUGGGGAUAAAUAUGGCUUCCAGAGAGACCCGAGUGCAGAGAGGUCUCUGACUAAGAUUAGUAGCAUCAAGCUGCAGCCUGCCCAGGCUGCUGCCAUCGCAGCUGCGGUGUCUGCAUCUCGCCAGGGCCAGGCCAACCUCAAAGCGCAAAAGCCUGCACAGGUUAAUGGCUCAGGGUCGGUGGUGGGGGAGCAGACCAGGGACUCCAGCGUGGCAGAGGUGGAUGGCAGCCUCACCAGGGCUCCAGUGAAGUCCCCUGCUCCAGUGCAGGAGCCAGAGAGGGGUCUGUCUAGGACCAAUUCCAUGCAGCAGCUGGAGCGCUGGGUCCGCACACACAGAACAAGAGGACUGGAUGAUGACAACAGGAGUGUUACAUCCUACCAGACCUUACCCAGAAACAUGCCCAGCCACCGUGCUCAGAUUGUGCCCCGCUAUCCAGAGGGAUAUCGCACGCUGCCCCGUAACAGCAUGAUGAGGCCUGAUAGCAUCUGCAGCGUGGCAGGCUCCGUGUACGACCAUGCUCUCCGUCCCGCCUCUACCAGCGCUGGCACCACAGCAGAGAAGAGGAGGUCGAUGAGAGAUGACACCAUGUGGCAGCUGUAUGAGUGGCAGCAAAGGCAGGCCUUCUCCAGGCAAAGCUUGGCUCAGCCAACAGCUGUGGGUCAUUACGGCACCCUGCCCAGCACAAAGACUAUGGGCAACAUCUCUGAACACACCGUGGUGACACACUCCAUCCCCACCUCACCAUCUCACGGUUCCCUGGCUCUCUACAGCACCUUUUCCCCUCCUCGCCAACAGGUCCCCCACAACCCCAGCAGCUCCCACUCCGAGGUGUCCUCGCCAGUUCUCAUGGGGGACGCAACACUAGAUUGUCGGCACAGGACACACCCCGCCAAGUAUGGCUAUCCACCUGACCGUCGAUCUGUCGCAUCCGGCGUCCCUCCUCAGACCAUCACCCCACAGUCCCUCCAAGGCAAGACGCCCGAGGAGCUCACUCUGAUGCUGAUCAAGCUCCGUCGACAGCAGGCAGAGCUCAACAGCCUGCGGGAACACACAGUUGCGCAGCUAAUGGCCCUGGGCAUGGAGGGGCCCAACGCCAAGACUGAUGUUCUUUCCCAUCACCUACAGAGGAACCUUAUUUACCUGGAAAGCCAGACGAAGGAGAAUGAGCCUCUAAUCUUCAUGAUUCACACUAUGAUCGAGAACUCGGCACCGAGGCCGCAACUCUACCAGCAAACCAGCCCAGAUAACUACAAAGAUGGCUUCUUCAUCCAGCGCACAGAGGAAGCUGACAUAGAUACCAAGCUGAGCAGACUGUGUGAGCAGGACAAGGUGGUGAGGAUGCAGGAGGAGAAACUACAGCAGCUACACCGAGAGAAGCACACUCUGGAGACGGCCCUGCUGUCAGCCAGUCAGGAGCUGAGUGAACAGAGCGGCUCCAAUGCUGCAGCCACACAGAGCCUGGUCCAGCAGAGAGACGUGCUGCAGAAUGGCCUGCUCAGCACAUGCAGAGAGCUGUCCAGAGUCAACACUGAGUUGGAGCGCUCCUGGAGAGAGUAUGACAGAUUGGAAGCAGAUGUCACUAUGGCUAAGUCCAACCUGCUGGAGCAGCUUGAGGCCCUGGGAAGCCCACAGACAGAGCCUCCAAGCCAGCGACACAUCCAGAUCCAGAAGGAGCUAUGGAGGAUCCAGGACGUGAUGGAAGCUUUGUCCAAAAAUAAACCACAGCGUAGCACAGACAGCAGUUUUCCUGGCUCCAAACCACUCUCCAGUCUCCAGAAGAAUGAGCAAGCUCCAGACUAUCGACUGUAUAAGAGCGAGCCUGAGCUGACCACAGUGAAGGAGGAAAUGGAUGAAGCCAAUGGUGAGGAUAAGGACAAGACAGAGAGCUCCGCUGAGAGUAAAGAUACUGCAGCCUCAAAAGUGCCCCCAUACCCAGUGGGCAUCGUCCCUCCCAGGACCAAAUCUUCCAAGAGCCCUCCCGAAUCCUCCACCAUCGCCUCCUACGUCACCUUGAGGAAGACCAAGAAGACUGAGUCUAGAUCAGACCGUCCCAGGAGUGCAGUCGAUCAGAUAGGAUUUGGAGAACGAGAGGUGGGCAGGCCGAGGAUGAGCGUGGAGGAGCAGCUGGAGAGGAUAAGGAGGAACCAGGAGGCUUCGUCACUUCGAGAAAAGAAGAGGGAAACCCCAUCCCGCUCGCCCUCCUUCAGCAAAGACAACCCUUUUGUUACCCUGCAGACCCGAGCCCAGGCAGAGGGGGCCUGUGCAGACCCUGUGGAGCUGGAAGCAGCUCUGCGGCAGCUGAAGGUGGCUCACAUGGAGCAGAGCAGGGCGGCUGCUGAGGAAGCUGGGACUCACAUGAAGAGAGCACCGACUGCACCACAGGAAGUGCAAAGCGCAGAGGAGGUGAACAAUGACAAGUGUGAGGAAGUGCAGCAGGACAGGUGCGUGGCCCUGCCGAGUGUGAAGGAGCUGCAGGCUGAGACCAACAGCAUAGACAAUGAGCUGUGUGAAAGCCAGAGGGUGAUGAUUCUGGACCUGGGCACAGAGCCUCGGCAUGUGGAGAUAGUAAACCUUCAGCCCUUUGAGGAUGACGAAAGCAGAGAGCAAGAUCUGACUAGUUCACCUACAAACACCACCACUGAAAACAGCUUCCAGACUCCUGAGCCUGAGACACCGAGCCCAGAGCCUAAGGAAGAAGACGCAGACAUGACACAGCAAACCACCAGAGAGGAGAAGCUGGAGAGCAGCCUGGAUUCUUACAGCCAGCUUACAGCAGAUGACAAGAAACACAACAAUAACAACAACAACAUGUUGACUUCGCAGACCUUCACUUUGGUGAGCAGCGACACGUGAACGACGCUGGCCUCAACAUCCACACUGGCGUCCUGUAGAGCCUGAAUGUAGCCAGCCUGCACAGAGCAUGCUCCAUGGCUUCCUGCAUUUACAGCAGAACUACUUUGAUACUACUGUUACAUGCCCACAAAGAGACUGAGAGCGAGAGGAUGACAGCCCUGCUAACAGACUGAUCAACACUGACGAGCUGCCAUCACAUCCAGACGAAGAGAAAGACAGAUGUACUGUAUCCUUAGAACCUUUUAGAUCUGUUCAUACUGAUACGUCCUGAAGCAAACCAUUAAUUCUAUGUAGUCAUAUUUGUCCCACAACAGCUCUGCAUAAAUAUGAGAUUGAGAUUGUGAAAUGGUCUAGGUCUAAAAAGGUUACAAAUAAUGUCUGUUUUAGUAAGAUUAGAAAUGUUCUGAUUACUUAAACUACAUGGCCUAACUUGACCUACACAGUAGUCCUACAGCUAUGAACAAAGGUGACAGUUUAAUUAGGGUUGUUUGUUGUACAGGUUUAGCACAUCUUUUUUUUUCAGGGGGAGGUUUACUGAACAAAGGGACUGACAGGCAAGUUUCAGAAUCUUGAUUGUUCUUUGCUUUAAGGUUUUAAUCCAGUUUCAUCAUCUGGAUCCACCUGGACAGCCCCUUAUUACAGGUUUGUUUUGCUUUCUUAAUAGACAUAAUCUCUAGAAGCAGCCUAGGGGUCGAGUGUCCUGUUUGGAGAGCUCAAAAUGGUAUAUCUGCUUUUUGAAGAUGAAGUAUGUCUGCUACCGGACUAUCAUGUCCACUGCUCACUGGGACUGUUUGCAAUUUACAGUCUGCGCCUCUAAAUCAGAUUAGUCUAAAUUCCUUCACCCCCGACCUAUGACAAUAACCUUUGGGAAGUCACCGAAUGAAUGAGAUUGUGGACACAAGCAGGUGGAAUAGGAUGGCUAGGUGAAUGAGGAGCAUAGACAUCCACAAAGAGUUCAGGGUAGAUCUACAGCUACUUCCCAUCGAAAGGAACAUGUUGAGGUGGUUCAGACAUCUGGCUGACCCUGACUCUUACUGCUUCUCAAGUCUCUUAUAUGAUUGAUCCUCAGUCGACCCGGAUACCGUUCCAGUCGACCAAGAAUCGAGGAUGUCACAAGACUCUUAUAUUUGCUCUGAGAAGCAAGGAGGCUGCUGGGGUAGCUAUUAGUGACGAUACAAGAGAGCAUCCUCUGCAGAACUCAUUUAUGGACCAACAGUGCUCAUCUUACUUUAUGUUCAUUUAUCUGACUGUGUUCCUCAUAGUUAUGGAGGCCCCUGACCUCCAAGCUGGAAACCAGUUGGCUAAAGAACAUGCACUAACAUACUGAGGGUUAAAUCCCAAUGCAGAAUAUACAGAGUGGUUCUAUCAAACAUCUAGGUUAAUUAUCCUGGUACUAGUUCAUAUUAAUUAUUGAUCAGUGGGCUUAGGGAUGUGGACUAUUUUGGAGCUUAAUAUAGUUUAAAUACAGUAUAUACUUUUUUACAGAGGACACAGAAAGGCUGUGGUACAGUCAUGAAGCCUAAAACUACCUAAAACAGUGCUGGUGCCUUCAGGAAUAUGCAGGAGCCAUUAGUGAGGAUACAAGAGAGCAUCCUUUGCAGAACUCAUUUAUGGACCGACAAUCCCCUUUAUUGGAAAUCCGUUGGUGAUUGGAGGCUUCAAAUGAAGAAAUGAUGAAAAGAUGUUUCUUGAAUUUCUCUCUCCUCACAUGUUCUCCUUAUAUCUUUUCCUCACAUCUUAUGAGGGCAGGACUAAGAUGUAAGGAAAAGGCACAAGUGAGGGAAACCUGGAUCCAUAUAAGAGGCUUGGGAAGCAGCCAGGGAAACAUCCUGGACACCUCUCUAUAAGGGCUUUCCAAGCAACUCCAAGGAAGCAUACACAAGGGAACAGUCACUCACCGCAACACAUAUUGUACUAGGGGAUCACUUGGCUGAAAAGGCUACAUUUGGUGGUGAAGCACUCAGUCCUGUUCUGUUGGCUGUCGGUCUCUGUUUGUCCCAUUAUUAGGUCAAGCAGUCCGUUGACAAAUGUUACUACUGAUCUUCAUUCUUGUUCAAGAGUAAGAUAUUUUUCACACAGUUGCACAUUCAUACCUGGAAGCUGCCCAGAACAACCACCAUCACCACUGAGCAGCAGCUCCACUAGAGCAGUUGGGAUUAAGGGCCUUGCUCACGGGCGCCAGAAUCCCAUGCAGAUUUUAUCCUGUCAGCCCAAGGACCGGACCGGCGACCUUCCAGUCACAUGCUCGUGUCUCUAACCUUUAGGCCACCACUGCCAAUUCUAAGACUUAUAAAGAACCAAACCAUUUCACAAUCUUGACUGUAUGUAUGAGUUGUCUGGGGAGUAAAUAGCUCCAUAGGGAUUUGUUUCCAAAUACACACACACACACACACACACACACAUCAAUAUAGAGAACUUUUAAUACCUAAGUAUUAAGGUCUUAUUAAUAUAAUUGUUAGAUAUAGACUAAUCUACAGAUCUGGAGGAGGGGAUAUUAGCUGUUACUGAGUUGCUGGAGGUGAGUGUACAGCUGUAUAUAGGAGCACUUGAGAAGUCUCACAGCAGAUGGGCUAAGCACCAAAACUCAACACACAUGCAGUGCUUUACUUUAAUAACUCCAAAGUGACCGCUGAUGCUCUUGGAUUUUAACCUGCUAUGAUUUGAAUUCUUUGUUGAUUUGAGACCAGGGGCUCCCUUAGUACUAUAUUUUCACAUCUUUUGCACCUGCAACAGAACAGAUUGUCUUCUAAUGGAUAUACAUAUAU